AGAAAAAAGUCGUUUGAAAAUGAACUUUUUAAGAAUAGCUUUAGUUCUCUUAAUGGUUUUCUCAGCGGGUUUAUUGUGCUGCGCUGGUAAACUACGAGAUCACCGCGAGUGGUCGGGAGAAUAUUUCUGCAGGACUCGGCCAUUUGCACCGAGAUGUAGGGGAGCUGCCGGAAGCAAACGAGACCUGCAGAAAUUGGAGCCGUUGUUGGAGGAACCGAGGCCGCGUGAUUAUCAAUUAAAUGACAAAUACUUAAAUGAAUAUGAACUUAACACUCAAAGGUUGGAUUCUCUCAUCCCAAAAGUCAAUACAAAAACCGUUGAAGAAUUAGACGAAUACAUCUAGAAAAAACAUCCACUCUAUUAGAAAAUUAAAAAAUUAUAAA